CAUACUCCUUGAGUCGCAUCGAGUCAACACGAUGACUCAUUGAGCAUCCUUUUGGGCCCACAUGGGGCUGAGAACCCCAACGAGUCCUUGCUCGCCGAGCCCUUGCUCGCCAAGGCAGUACAGCACCUUCUUGAAGGCCCAGGAAUCAUCGCCGACUCUCGUGCUUGCCCAUGCGAGAAUUGGCGAUUCAGGAGCUCAGGAAGUGGCUGAGUUUGCCAGCAAAAGUGUGCAUUUGCGCUUGCUUGACUUGACUGGCUGUGAGAUCACGUCUACAGGUGUACUCCAUUUGGCGGAGGUGCUGAGAUGCAGCAUUACGCUGGAGAGCCUUGUACUACGCCACAAUGACAUCAUGUCUGGACCUGCUGGGGAGGAAGGGCUAGCAGCUCUUUGCCAAGCAGCUGCGUCCAGCUCUUCGUUGAGGCAUUUGGACCUUCGACACUGUGGCGUACAUGGGGAGUCAGCGGCCGCUCACGUGGCCUCGAUCUUGCAGGGCAACGGUGGGCUGUCUCAUUUGGAGCUCUCGUGGAACCACCUGGAGCCCUCUGGCGGACAGGUGCUUUUGGACGGUAUCCGAAAAACAUCCGGUCUUUAUGAUUGUCAGCUCACCGGUUGCAGGCUGGCCGACGAAACGCUUCGCUAUGUUGCUGAAUUGCUGUUGCGAAACAGAAAAGCGCACAAGGCCAGUAUGCAAGCGGGUCCAUACAAGGGCUCAUGGCUGAAGAACAACGCAGAGCUGGAGUUCGAAGGUCAAGUGCCUGCGACGCCGUCUGGGAUGCGCAGUCAAGGGCAGGCGGCUGCUGCGAAUCAUCCGCUCCGAUAUGCUGUGGCCAAUAUCCCCAGCAACGCAGUCGUCUCUGAUGAGAAGACCGCAGAGCUCAUUGAAAGGCUCUUCGAAGUGAGACAUCGCUUUCUGCCGGAGUCGUCGUCUGGGAAGAUCACUCAAAUACAUGAAUUUCUUGAGUACUUGCAACGAGGCCAGGCUGAUGCCAAAGAGAAUCGGCAGGCUGCGGACGAGGUGAUCAAUCGGACGAAAUUGAUGAUGCAAGGCUUUGAGGAUCGGGAGAUGCGCUACCGGGAGCAACUCGCACAGGGAAGGGAUGAACUCCUUGACCACUCCCGGGAGUACAGCAAGUUGCAGGGCAACCUGCGCAGGUCUUUGGAGGACUUGUCCAUUCUGCGAGAGGAUCUUGAGAUUGCCAUGGACGAGAUGAAACGAUUUGAGCGACACUGCGAGGACGAUGCAGACCGCGAUUAUUCGACCUUCGUCGCGGUGACCAGCGACCGAAAGGAGUUGGAGCGGAAGCUGGCCGAGCUGAAGGAUCGAGGGCACCACCUGGAUGUUGAGACGAAGAUGCUGCGCACCCGCGCCCAACAGGUGAGAGAACGAGUUGCCAAUGAGAUUACAUAGUUGGUCACAGGCGACUGCAGCCUAGAGUCUUUGAAAACCAUCGCUCUUUUUUUUGUGCUGCCGUUUCACCAAAAGAGCGAGCUUGAACAACGAGCUCGAAGUCGAAGACGUAGAAUAAAUUUGAGAAAA